UCCCGACCACGACGCCCUUUCCGCCGCUCCCCGCGACCCCGCCUGCCUCGCCGGACGCCCAGCCGCCCAGGAGCCUUCUCCCUCCCGCCUCUCCAUCCAGCCCUCCCGGCGCUCGGCGCCAGCCGCGCCCACCACACGUUCCCGCCCCCUGCGGCCCUGCCCCGGCCGCCUGGCGCCCCUGGAAGCUGCAAGCCGGCGCCCGCCGCCCAGUCCGCACUCCAACACUCCCGUUGCUCAGCAGUUAGCUCGAUUUAAGGAGGACCACCCUGUUUUCAAAUCCUAGAUCUGCCACUGUUGGCGGCUGAUGGUGACCAUGAAGAUGAAGGAGCUGGAGGACGGGGUGCCCGAGGAGCGCGUGCCGCACCUGCCAUGGAUGCGGCACCCGGUCGACAUCGACUCCUUCUCGGGCUGCCCUGUGACGAGCCUCCCCCGCCUAGACCCCAGAUUGGCAGAAGCAUUGCAGCGAAUGGGAAUUGAAUCAUUUUUCCUAGUUCAGGUAUCAACAUGGCUGGAGACAAUUGGUCCUGGUGCUUUUCAGAGGGAUAUCUGUAUUAAUUCCCCAACUGGAUCCGGCAAAACUCUUGCCUAUGCUUUGCCUAUUGUGCAAGCGCUUUCCACUCGGAAAGUAAGGUGCUUGCGUGCUUUGGUUGUGCUACCUACACGGGAUUUAGCAUUGCAGGUCAAAGAGGUUUUUGAUGCUAUUGCUCCUGUGAUGGGCUUGACAGUAGCAUCAGCAAUUGGUCAAUCGUCCAUCGCGGACGAAAUAUCAGAUCUGAUCAAGAAGUCCAAACAGGAGCUUUAUCCAUCUCUUGAUGAUGAAUAUAUUGAAAUGGAACCACAGACUAAAGUUGAUAUAUUGGUGGCAACUCCUGGAAGAUUGAUGGAUCAUAUCAACAUGACAAAAGGUUUUAGUCUGGAGCAUCUUCAAUACUUGGAAGACAUUAGCAGCCUUCAAGGAAGGGAAAAUAGAUGUUCUAAUUGGCUCAGAUAUAAUGGCUCGAGGAAUACAUAUUGAUGGUUUAAAAUGUUAUCAACUACGAGAUGCUGCAGUAUGUGAAAACAUACAUCCACCAAGCAGGCCGGACAGCCAGGGCAGGCGAAUCUGGUUCUUGCUUCAUGUUUUUGAGGAAAAAUGAGACAAUGCUCUGUUUAACGAUAAUAAUAGUUAGCAUUUUGGGUACAGUGCUUGCUUUGGUUGAUUGAUUAAUACACCAUGAUAAUGUACAUUGCAUGACUAUAUGUGUAAAGAAUAUGCAGAACAACAACUGAUCCCAUCCUUGUAUUGCAAAAG